AUGAGUGAUGCAGAAGUAGUUAAAGUUGAAAUAUCUUUUAAGGAUAUAUUUCCCACAUGUCAGGAUAAUUAUAAUAAUUAUUUUUUCGAAAGAGAAUUUCAUAGAAGUGCUGUAUAUUCUAAAAUAAGCAAGGCUUGCAAUGAUAUUAGUGUGAAAUUUACUCCUGGUGCUAGGUGGAAUAAUACUUUUUAUACAUCCUGUGACAAACUUGGUUAUUAUUUGUACAAAAUAAAAGAUAAAAGUGAUAAAGAUAGAAUGAACUAUUGUAAAUUUUUUAUCUACGAACUAAAACGUGAAGCAAAUAAUAAAGUUCGCAAUAUUAAAACAUUUGAUGAUGUUCACAAUGAAUUGAUAAAAGCAUACCGUUCGGAAGGCUUACAUGGACUUGGUGUAUGUAAAGAGUAUAUAUCAUUGAUGUAUGAUCCUCUUUUAUUAGAAAUAUUCAAAAAGUUUGAUGAAUUAUAUAAAAAUUUUAAAUAUUUAAAAAUAAAUAAUAAUAAAAACACAUACGCUGAGAAAUGUGUGUACAAAUAUGAUGAAAUUAGUAGAACAAAAAAAAAUGUGCAUGAGAAUUUUGUUCAGAAAGAACUGGAUAUAUUUAAACGUGAAUUCCAUAAAUACAAGCAAAGAAACCCUUACGAAUGUGACGACAAUUUAUUGAGCCGUUCUUUGAUGAUACCACCAAAAAGCAUGAUAAAUGCGAAUGCAUUAUUAAGAGAUAUUGAUUCUCCAGUGACGUGGACAAGCGCGGGUGUUUUAUUUUUUUAUACUGCUUAUGGUUCAUAUUUACGACCAAGGAGAAGAAUGUUAAAAGAUAUGCAGUAUAGAAAAGCUAAAAAACAUUACGAAUUAAUGAACUCAUUUGAACAGUCACAAAAAAAUAUAAUUAAAAAUAAACACGAUAUAUUAUAUAACACAGCAGAAUAA